AUGGACAGUAAUUUACAAGAUGAAAGUUCUGGUGAAGAAAUAAAGGAAACUACUUCAUCCACUCGCUCAGAAAGUGUGACCAUCAAAAGAAAGAUCAGAAGCAAGGAAGAGUCUACAGAAGAUGACUGCAUUAGCUCUGAUGCUUAUGGCAAUGACCAUGGAGAAAAAAGAGUAAAACAGUCUACUCAGAAAAAAUUGAAUGCCAAAGUUUCUUCAAAAACUAGUGAACAAAAGUCAUUAGCCAAAACAGGUAAGCAGAAGCUUCGGUUAAAAGAGGAAGAAGCGUCAUUGACCCCUGAGGAAGACUAUAAAGCUUAUAACCCAAUGACAAUGAGACCUCCUCCUCUCCCAGAGGGUACCAAGUCUGUAAAGAUUAUGACUUGGAAUGUUAAUGGAUUGAGAGCAUUGUUGAAGCUAGAGAGCUUCUAUCCUCUGCAACUUGCGCAAAGAGAAAACUUUGAUGUGUUGUGCUUUCACGAGGCAAAGAUCUAG